UAAUACGAUGAAUAUUCCCUAAGUUAUAUAUUCCCUAGAUUAUAUUUCUCUUAAUCGCUCUCACCUAGUACACCGUAACAUCUAUCACUUCAAUACAAAAUACGUUAUGGAUGAUUCAAAUCCCGAGUUAGAAACAUUCCGCAAGCAAUGGCAGGAAGAAGUAACCAAAAAGGCAAACACAGCCCAGAGGCUCCCAAUUCCAGCUAUUCAGGUGGCGGGCCCUUCUAAUUUUCCACGAAAGCUUCCACGAGCAGGGCAUGUCCAUGGGAAUGCCAAACCCACAGAAGAGAAUAAUGUAGUUGAACCUCAAGCCUUGCACUUUGAUGGACCAAGUGGCGCCGCUGAAGCAGUGGAGGAUGAUGGAAUUGACCUAUAUGGUAAGAAGACUGGCACUGAUGAGCCACAGUCAGCUUUGGAGCAUUAUGAAAAAGCGGUAGAGAGGGAAGGUCAAGGUAGUUUGGGAGACAGCCUUGAUCUCUAUCGCAAAGCAUUUCGAGUGAGUUUAGUCACAACUGAACAAAUCCACAAGAUUCCUACUGACAAUCAUAAGCUUGACGAUCAAGUUGAUCGAAAGUAUAAGAACAAACAUUUUCCACCAUCUGCCUUCCCUCCGAAACCUACAAAUACAAAUCCAUCCAAUGCCUCUGCUACAGUACCUAAUACCGCACACCACUCACUAGAUGGGCCCCCACUAUCUAUUAAGCAAUUGUUAGAAAGCUUCUCAAAUCUAUCAAUUGAACCUACACCACCUGAGGUUGAGGGAGCACCCGCUCCUCCAUGUCCAAUUGCAGAUUUACCAGAUGAAAUACUUAUACAAAUAUUCAAGGAAGUAGCAAUUCGAGAUGUGGCAGAGCUUGCACGAGUCUCGCAAGUGUGCAAACGCAUGGCCUACCUGGUAGCCACGGGAGAACAAAUAUGGAAACGAAUAUGUUUUGGCUCCGAGUUCGGGUUUGGAGCAAUGCACUAUCGAUGGCAAACAGAGGUUACAGGAGAGGCCCUUGACAUCGAGCCUCAACUGCUCCUGCCUUCGCAAGCAACAGAUGAAGAAUCCACCCCAUUCGUACCCCUUAGCAAUGAUAGCAUAACUCACUCCCUGCUCCAAUCAACAUAUUCUUUUUCUUGGAGGCAGAUGUUUCGUCUCCGUCCGCGCAUCCGUUUCAAUGGCUGCUACAUAAGUACCGUGAACUAUAUUCGACCCGGCCAAGCGUCUCCUUCAGCAAUAGCUUGGAAUUCCCCAGUUCACAUUGUGACCUACUACCGCUACCUUCGCUUCUAUCGAGAUGGAACAUUGAUUUCUCUUUUAACCACCACCGAACCCAGCGAAGUCGUUCACCACUUGACUAAAGAGCUUCUCGAAUACCACAGGAGGAACCAAUCUUCCCAUCUACCUUCUUCAGUGAUGGCCGAUGCUCGCCGCGGCCGCUGGCAUCUGUCCUCUCUCAACGAAUUUCCUUCAUUAGAGUCAGAUAUUGAACCUUCUUCGAAAGCUGGCGGAUCAGAAGGUACGCUAUACGUGGAGACCGAAGGGGUACAUGAGAAAUAUUUUUACAGGAUGGAGUUGAAGAUGACUAGCGCGGGAAAGACGGUCAAAAAUAACAAGUUAACUUGGAAUGGUUUCUGGAAUUAUAAUCGACUGACGGAUGAUUGGGGAGAGUUUACAUUGAGGAAUGAUAAGGCUUUCUUUUGGAGUAGGGUGAAAAGUUACGGAUUGGGCGCUUGAUGACAUUAAAUCUUAGGAUCUUGGUAGCAAGAGGUGGUAGUAAGGCCUUCACUCUGGGAGAUUGGAUACAUAUCAUUGAAUUCGCUCUUGCCAAAGCCUUGACGGAGUAAAAGAUAUCUGUAACCAUCUUCGUCUAAUACGAUUCGGCAAAAUGAUGGCGCUGAUGAUGUUAAGCGCACAUUAUAUGAUUUCAGAAGGGAAGUUGAGAAUACCAGGCGGCAAUUAGACGUUGCAUUGAUUCUGAAUUUGGUGUAACAUGACCGGGAAUGAGUAAUGAUUAUGAUCCUUAAGAUAAACAGAAUAGAAUAUAUAUAUUAGACAGAAAGGACAAUGCAUU